AUCAUCACCAUUCAACAAGCGUUACCCACCGUUUUUAUUUUUCCAAAAAAUUCGCGUGGAAGUUCGUUACAGCUACAGCCACAGUCAAUUAACUAAAUUCGAUAAAUCAACUGUGCCCAAUUUGAUUAUGAGACGAUAUUGCUAAUUUCUGUGGCCUGAAAAGUUUGAUUUUGUCACGGUUGAUACUUAAAUUCAGUGUUUUCGGCGAAAAAUAUUGAGAUUUGUUUCUCAGUGUUAAGGUUUGAGGUUAAAGUUAUUUUUGGAACGUUUCUGGGUCAAGUUUUACGCGUCUGUAUUUGUUAUAAUUUAGAUAAAAUAUGAAUUUUGUAUCGAAUGUUUUUAAAAAAAUUGUUCUGGGAGACUCAAAUUCCACAGUUGCAGAAACUAAAAACCAAGUACUUCUAGUUUCAGGUGAAAAUCGAGAAGAAGAUAAUGAAACUGCAGAAACUUUAUCGGAAAAAGAUGAUGUUAGUAGUUCGCAGGAUAGGAUUCCCGCUGAGAAUUCCAUUGCAAUGCAAGAAAACGACCCGUUUUACGAAGCCAAUUCCACCUCAACAGCUUUUCCUUUAGAGGAAAAUCUAACUAAAGACAGCGUUUCAGAUGUUAAUAUUCCCGAAAAUUGCAGUUAUGGCUCUUUGGACACAUCUAACGAAUUUAUUUGUAACCAACCUAACAUAGAAGACGCAUCUGAAAAUACUAAUCAAGACUUUGAAAAUGUUAAGGACACCUUAGUUGAUAGUUUAGAGUCUUCUGAAUUAAAUAAUGAUUUAAAAUUAAAUCUCUUAGAAGGACAAAAUGUUGCUAAUACGUCUACUGUAAAUCCUAUUCAACAAUAUCAACUUGAUACUAGUGCUGAUUCUUAUACAAGUACAGAUAAAGAAAAUAAAACCUUGUUGAAUGAUGAUACUAUAAAAAUGAACGAAAAUAGUCAUGGUCAAGUAGUUCUAACAACUUCUGAUAUGAAUAACAAAGAAACCAAUGAAACAAGUUCUUUAAAAAAUAAAAUUAUUGAAACUCAACUAAACAAUGAUGAAACAAUCCAGACUGAUGUAAAUAAAUAUAAUGCAAGUCAGAAUUCAAUGCUUGUUGUUAAAUGUAGAGAAAAUGAAAAAGAUACGAAUUGUAAGAAAGAAGUUAUAAAAAAUUAUGAAAAAGAAACACCAAAAGAUUUAAAUGUUGAACAAAACAUUAAAGAUAUUAAAACAGUACUUGAAGAUUUUGCUGAUAACAAAUGUUAUCUAAAUGAAAAGUCAGAAAUUGAUGAUUUAGAGAGUAUAAAACAAUUAUCUAAAACCAACAGCAAUAUAAGUUCUAAUUGCAUAUGUGGUAAUCUUGAAGAAGACAGUACUAAUGUACGUAGAGUCUCAGAAGAAGCGAAUUUAAUAGAAAAAAAUAAAAAUUUAAGUUUGAGAGAUAUUUUAGAGGAACCUGAGUCCAGCUUAAUUAAAAAUGACCAAAAUAUAAAGAAUGUUACAGAUGAACAAAUUGAGUCUAUAUGCUCAGAAAAUAAAUUACCCAAAAGUGAUAAGAAUAUAAAACCUCGUGGAUCCUGUGCCAACGAGGAAAAUAUACAAAGUAAAACUGAAACUCCAAAAAUAUUAGAGGUCCAAGUAUCAACCGCUAACCAAAGUACAUUGUUAAACAAUUUAUCAAUAUCUAAAAACAUAACUUUAGAAAGUAUAUUAAAAGAAACAUCAUUUAAUAACACAUUGAUACCAACCAUAAAAGUAAGUGUGCAAAAUAAUGAUAAUCAUAAUAAUAAAAUUUCGGAUGAAGUAAUUCAGACCACAUCAGUUGCCAGUGAAGAUCUAGAUACAAAAACAUUAGUCCAGGAAUUCCAAAAUUGUAGCAUAGAUUCAAACAUUGCAAAUUUUGAGAACAAAAACAUUGAAGAAAUGUGCAUAUUUAAUAAAGAUAAAGAAGAUUAUAUCAAAUUCGAAAGACAACAGAAACAGGCAGAAGAGAGUAUUGAAGAAAAUCUGCAAAAUAUAUUGGAUUGUGAGCACGGUAUUGAAGAAAACUAUGCAAUUAAGAAAACUGAUGUGAAUGAAAAACAUGUAUCUUUAAAAAACACCUCGGAGGUAAGUUUUCAAAACAAAAAAGAUUCAGAAAAUAAUGUUAUAGAAAAGUAUGAAACUAAAUGUGCUGAGAAAACUGAUGUUAAUGAUAUUGACAAAGAACACAAUGUAUCUUCAGAAGAAAAAUCAGAGGCAAGUAUUCAAAGGGAAGAUUGUAAGAAUGAAUCAAAAAAUAUUUCUGACUUUGAUAAAAAUACAGAUGACAGUAUUUUUUUAAGCAAUAUAUCAGAAAAAGAUGACAAGUUUAAAACUUUUGACAUUGAUACAGAACAAAAACCAAAUAAUAGUGACACUAUGUUAGCUUCAAAUAGCAAUCAAAAAAAAUAUUUCAAUGAAGAUGAAUUUAUUGUAAAAGAAAUUAAAAGUAUUGAAGAAAACAGAGUACUUGAAAAGGAGAUUGUAGAUUUGAAAUUAGAUGAAGAUAGUGAUGGUCAAGAUAAAGAAAAUGAAUCUUUUGAAGAUAUUAGAAAUUUGGGGUCAAGUCUAUCUUCAAAUUUUCACAGCAAAAUUAUUACAGAAAACAUAACUGAUAUUAAUAUUGAUAAUAAUGAUGAUCAAAUUGAAGAAGAUUCUACUAUAGAAAAAUCUUCAGAGGUAUUUCCAAAACUAUCUGGCAACAGAACAAACUUUAACGAAUCUUCUUUAAUACAACGCGAUUUUGAAGAUUUAGAAAUGAUGCAAACUGGAUCCGGUACAAAUUCAGAAGAUAAUUUGUCAGAAGAUACUAACAGGAGUUUAGUUCCUUCACAAGUAUUUCUGCCAAAAGACGAAAAAGAAAAUAAAUUUGAGAGUAUGGGUGACCAUCAAAAUAAUGAAAUCUCUCCAAUUGAAGAAUACAGAAAAAUCUCAAAGAUUUAUGAAGAUGUAAUUGAAAAACAAUCAAUAGAGUUGGCAAAGUUGAGAGAAGAAUGCCAUCGGUCAAAUAGGUUGUUUACAAGCACAGAGAUGGCAUUUUCAGAUUUAUAUUUAAAAUAUCAAAAAUCGAGAGCUACAAUUGAGGCUUACAAGGAAAACGAAGAUAAUCUGUUAUAUAACAUAGAAUCUGCUGAAGAUCAGUUUGAGAAAUUAAAAGCAAAGUACGAAGUAAUGAAGAACGCUGUUCAAGAUGAAGUAGCAAUAGUAGAAAGAGCAGUAUUGAGGGAGAAACAAGAAAAACAGGCUGAAAUAGCCAAGCUGCAAGCAACGGUAAAAAGGAUGCAAAUAAAAGCAUCGUCUCUAGAAAAUUCCUUAAAGCAAAAGACAGAGGAAUGCAUGGCGUUGUCAGCGUUUUGGGAUGAUAUUACAGCAUCGACACAUAAAUGAAUAUUUUAUUUAAAUAACCAAGUUUAAUUUGUUUUAAACAUAUUCUUGUAAAUAUA